AUGGGUUUUAUACUAAUCUAUUCUAUAGCUGCUGCCAAUAUCAUGGAGAGACGAGGUAUAACAAUUAAAAAUCCACGCCCAAUGUGGAAAAUUUACAGGGUUAUUAGCAGCCAUUUGGGAUGGGUGCGAUCAGUUGCAGUUGAUCCUAGUAAUACUUGGUUCUGCACAGGAUCAACAGACCGGAGCAUUAAGAUAUGGGAUUUAGCAAGUGGUAGGCUAAAGCUCACGUUAACAGGUCACGUUGAGCAAGUAAGAGGCCUUGCUGUUAGCAACAAACACACGUACAUGUUCUCGGCUGGCGAUGAUAAGCAAGUUAAAUGUUGGGACCUCCAACAAAAUAAGGUGAUUCGCUCCUAUCAUGGCCAUCUAAGUGGCGUUUAUUGCUUGGCUCUUCAUCCCACAAUUGACAUCUUGUUCACAGGGGGUGGUGAUUCUGUCUGUCGAGUUUGGGAUAUCCGGAGCAAAACACAAAUUUAUGCUUUGUCUGGACAUGAUAAUGCGGUUUGUUCUGUUUUAACUCGGCCAAUGGACCCUCAGGUUGUAACUGGAUCUUGUGACUCUACCAUAAAGUUCUGGGACCUUAGAUAUGGUAAGCCAAUGACAACGCUUACACAUCAUAAGAAAUCUGUUCGAGCCAUGGUUCAACAUCCUAAGGAAGAUUAUUCUUUUGCUUCUGCAUCAAGUGACAACGUAAAGAAAUUCAAACUUCCAAAAGGAGAAUUUUUGCACAAUAUGAUUUCACAACACAAGACCAUAAUCAAUGCGAUGGCGGUCAAUGAUGAAGGUCUACUGGUCACAGGAGGUGACAAUGGGAGCUUGUGGUUUUCUGAUUGGGCAAGUGGUCGCAACAUACAACAAGCUCAAACCAUUGUUCAACCUGGAUCUUGGGAUAGUGAGGCUGGUAUCUAUGCUCUCACCUAUGAUGUAACUGGCACCAGGCUUAUUAGUUGUGAGGCUGACAAGACUAUCAAGAUGUGGAAACAAAGUUAG